AUGGGCCUGGGAUACUCUAAGGCUCACCCAAGAGUGACCAAAGUGGCACCACUGCAGAACAAGGAGGAAGAGAUUUCCUCAGCUGAGCCUGGGAACUUUGCAGUGAAUCAGAGUCUGGAAACAAAGGCUCCAUAUUUCUUCACAAGACUGCAGGACAGGAAUAAUGCUUCAAAAGGACAGCUACCACCCCUCCGAGAGAGUUGGUAUGGAAGACACUCGGCAGUGCCCAGGACCAUGUAUUUUGAUAUACCACUGGAACAAGGAGAAACAAGUAUUAUUAAAAGGCACCCACCUCGAAGACUUCAAAAGCUUGAGCCCAUUGACCUGCCACACACACUUACUUCUGGAAGGUUCCUGCAACAUCGAGAAUCUGGGAGAACAAAGGACCUGGAAAAGAAGAUGCAAAUUCCAAUGUAUACUUCUGGGAAAAGACAAUAUUUACAUAAGAUGCAAAUGCUGGAAAUGAACCGUAAGAGACAAGAGGCCCAGGAGGAGUUAAAGAAGAGUCUUCAAAGAGAAGCAAGAAUUAACAAGCAAAAGCUCAGAGAUCAUAAGGCCAAGAAAAUCCUUCAAAAAUCUCCAAGAAAUGAUGAUGAUGAGUUGCUUACCUUGCUGCCUGAUGAAACUGUGAAUAGAAGUCUAGGACAUUCACAGAAUGCAGAAUUUUGGGAUCUUCCAACAAAAAAUGACGAUUCUCCCCGGAAAAUAGGCAAAAUGGAAACAUGGUUCCGUGAGCAGGAGGCCCGGGGACAGCUACUAUGGGAUAGCUCAAGCUCGGACUCAGAUGAACUGGGGAAAGAUGAGAAAAAAUCACGAGCGCUGGUGAGGACCAGAACAGAGAGAAUCCCACUUUUUGAUGAGUUUUUUGACCGAGAUUAA